UAUUACAUACGCUUUUAGUGAUAGUGACAGAGAGUGUGCAUUGCUCAACAUGGAAAUGUUUUGUAAAGAUGGUUACAUCCCUUGGGAGACACUGAUCUAUAUAACAGGAGAGAUUACCUAUGGUGGUCGAGUCACAGAUGCCCAAGAUCAAAGAUGUCUAAGGACAAUUUUAAAGUUUUUUUUCAGACCUGAAACCUUAAAACCAAAAUAUAAAUACUCAGAAUCAGGUAUUUACUAUCCACCUCUUGUCAAGACAUUGGCUACUGUCAAGGCUUACAUUGAAUCUCUACCACUUAUAGAUGAGCCAGAAAUGUUUGGGCUCCAUGAGAAUGCAAACAUAGCCUUUCAGUUGAAUGAAACCAAUGCUUUACUUGCUACAAUACUUGAUGUUCAACCGAGAAUCGUAGCAGCUGAUGGUGGGAUGUCUAAUGAUGAUAUUACUUAUGAACUUGCUGAGGCUGUCCUGGAUCGAUUGAUUGACAAACUGGAUAUUGAAAGAGCGAAUCCCAAUAUGUUUACACUUGACGCCAAAGGUCGCAUAAACUCUUUAACCAUAGUAUUGAUGCAAGAAACUGAAAGAUUCAAUAAACUGCUUAUAAUAAUCAAGUUUGCCUGUAAUGCACAUGGAUCCUCACCUAGACUAUGAACCAGAUUUAUCUCUCUAUCCAGCGCCACUCUACAAAACAGCUGCAAGAGCUGGCACACUUUCCACUACAGGACAUUCUACUAACUUUGUUGUAACUGUCCACCUUCCUUCAAGCAACACACAAGAUUACUGGAUAGCCAAAGGUGCAGCACUCUUAUGUCAAAUUUCUGAUUAAUUUUGCUUACAGAUAAGUUGUAAAGCAUUUAACAAUAAAAACAAUGUCCAUUACAAA